CCGUUGAUAUUAAAAUUUCCACCAGAGAGACACUGGGGUACACUUCAUGGCUGAAAAAUGACUGGGUUGUGGAUUUGCGUUACAAUUAUUCUCAUUCAUCAAGUGUUUCCAUGUCAAGCAGUUGCGCCUGUCCUGUCUGGUCUCCCAACCUCCAUCAGCGUGGGAGAGUUGGAGACGGCCAACAGACUUAUAUACACAAUCACAGUUACCGAUCCCGACAAUGACGCCUAUGUUUGUGAUGUAAGCAGUACCGUUCCGGCCAAUGGACCAUUUGUCGGCAUCAAAGACACAGACACGAACAAGUAUGGCAUCUACACGGAUACACCGACAUUCAGCUAUGCCACUACCACCGUGCAUACCGUAAAUAUUGAGUGUACAGACACUGGAGGGUUGAUAGGGACGGGAGUUCUCAGUGUAGACGUCAUAGAGGGAGACGCGCUCACCUUUAAUAAUCUACCAGCUUCAACUACCCAUGACGCCUCUACAACGCUAAAUGGUGCCGGAAUCUACACUGUCACGACAACGGAUGCCAAAGGUCACACAACAAAGACGUACACCAUGACAUCUACCCCUUCUACAACAAGUUUUGUAAUCGACGCUGGUACUGGCGCAGUGACGGCCGACAGAGACCUGAAGUAUGAGAUCUACACCAGUGUUAAGCUGUACAUCACUGUGUCUGACGGUAGUAUCGCGGCCGUGGAGGUCCUCACCGUAGUUCUCACCAACGUCAACAAUGUCCCGACGUUCACCAACCUGCCAGCGUCUAUAGACGUGGUGGAGUCGGCAGCUGCCGGAACCGUCCUUAUAACGCUGACUCCCAACGACGCCGACGCGGGCGCGUCUCUCACCUAUACAAUGUCUGUGGAUCCGGUAGCGUCGGCCAACCUAUUCGCCUACAAUACAAACACCCAGCAAGUGACCUUGGCUACCGGACAAAACUUCAACUACGAGUCUGUUAUCUACUUCAACGUGACGUUUACAGUCUUUGAUCAGUUAGCCACGGGAGGACCGUUUGUAUUGGACGUUCACAUCAAGGACGACGACGAGCCCUGUUACUUUGACAAAAGCUACUACUCACUCAGCACGAGUGAGGGAGCAUCCGGCAGCAUCAGUCUGAAUCCGAACUUUAUCAUCAGCGACUAUGACGGUAUAUCCUCCUACUCAUUGUCCUUCACCACAGCUAACAACAGCGAAAGAUUCACCAUCGAUGCCUCGACAGGUGUGAUAGGGUUCGCCGUGAACUAUGACAUAGACAACAGUGCCAUGCCGUCUACCGUCAUUCUAACUGUCGAGUGUAAGGACGCCACCAGCCAGACAGGGACAACCAAUGUACAGAUCAGCAUCGCGGACGUGAACGACAACGCGCCAACAUUUGGUAGUGCUAGCUACAUCCUAACUGUGGAUCAGUAUUCAAGCGCAGGGACGCUGAUAGGUUCGUUAGCGCCUACAGACGCCGACUCGGGUAGUAAUGCUGACUACACGUGCAGUGCAACAACCACUUCCGCAACAGGAUCUACAUACUAUAACAUCGGAUCCGACUGUGGCGUAUACCUGAUCGCCACCCCGUACGGAAAUAUAGACUACGGGACAAUGGUUCGAUUCUCAGUUACGGCGACAGACAAGGGAUCAACGCCUCUGAGUGGAACGACGUUCGUCGACAUUAUCUUCAAGGAAGCAACGACAACGACGACGACAACGACGGCAGCGACAACAACUGCCUCCAACUUCUUUGACGACCCAGGGAGUCUGGCGGCGUUUGUUGUCGCGGUUGUGCUAGGUGCGAUUAUCCUUGCAUUAUUGCUGUACAUGUGUCUGCGCUGGUGGGUUACAGGCGCGUGCUGUGGGCCGGACCCUUGUGACUUCUGUUAUUGGUGUCGGGGUGAUGGACGAGAUCAAUGCUGUCAACGUAAACAACGUCGACACAGGAAAAGAGUGGUUACCCCAGAAACGCCAGAGAGGCCCAAGAGAAAGAGCAAGGGGGAGUUUGAGUACUGGAAGGAAGACAGCGACUACGGUUCACUCAGCAGGGCUGACGUUAAGCAGAAUAGAAGUUCUCGUAUGACCGGACAUCGUGACUACCCCGAUUUCCCGCGGUCUUCCUCAAAAGCCAUCCCACCUACUGAUAUCGGUAUUGGGUACAGCCGUCCUGCUACAAGGAUUAUUCCUACCGGAUACUACUAACGCUGCUGGAAUUAGUGUUCUCCGAACGGGCUCAAUCAUGAAGUCUCUGUACUACUAACGCUGCUGGAAUCAGUGUUCUCCGAACGGGCUCAAGCAUGGAUUCUCUGUACUUCUAACGGUUAUCAUGGAAUCAGUGUUAUAGCCGCAUCUAAACAUUGAAUUACGUCCCUUUGUUAUAUAUUGCUAGUUCAGAAUUGAAUUGUUUUCGAACUAUAAAUAGCAUUAAAGUACUCGUGUUUAUUGGAAAGGAUAUGUAAUCGGACGGACAUACACAGGUGUAUUACAUGUGCAUUGGUGUAUAUUACUAAUUCUUGUGUCAAACAUUGUCUCAGUACUUUUUAUAAGCUCGAGAGAGACUGUAGUCUCAUUAUUAAUUAUUGGAUUAUUUAUUACCGCAAACGAACUUGUCAUAUUAAAACUGCUUUGUCUGACAGAAUGAGCUCUAUUUAAAGAAAUAGAACACUUCAGUAAUGUUAUACCAAUAUUUUGGUUAGACCGUUAUAAGUAUGUUGUGAAUGCGAGAUUUUGAAUAACUUUAUGUAACGAAAUUUUGGUUUUCAGAUCUAAGGUGAGAUUGUGAACAGAACGUUCAACUGACAAAGUCUUACCUGAUUUUAUUUUUAAAAGGAAUAUAUACGAUACACACAUAUCAAUUUCCUACCUGUCGACUGUCAAAAAGUACCGUUAAGUGUGGUAUACUAAUAAAUAGUCCAAUAAUUAAUACAUUGCAUUCUAAUUGUCGACCAUCAACAACGUACCGCUAUGAUUAAGUUUACCUCGUAAAUAUCCUACCUGUUCGAAAGCCGAAAGACGUAUAUACUUCCUUUGAACUUUCAAAAUAAUGACCGAAAUAUAGUGUACAUGUCAACUAUCAAAGGAACUAUCGCUAUAUAAUGUUUCACCAAUGAAUAUCCUAUUGGCGACUAUCAAUAAAACGAUUCUAAUUGUUCAAGGCGAUUUUACUGUGUUCAUCAUAAAUCAUAAUGUUAGUGUUGCCUCUUAUUUUUGUUUUAUUUAUAUUUUGUUAC